AACGAUUUCCAGGUCUCGCCUCAUUCAUUUGUAUUGUUGAUGGAAUGUAGAAGCAUAUCUUAAGCUAUGCGUUGUUUUGUUUGUAUUUAUAACGUUUUAUAUGUUGUAUGUUAACUAGAGUUUCUAUAUACGUAAAACUGAAUUUAAUACGUGAAUGUGUUUUUAAUAUAUUAAGAAAAUGAGGGACAUACAACUAUCCUAGCUAUAAAGGAAACACAACUUGCAAAAGUGUUCAGCUGGUUCCCCAUAUAAACAAGGAUCCGAAGAGCUUACUCCUACUGACCACAUUAUCCAAAUUAACGGCUCAACUUUUGACACUUGUUCAUAUAUAAGUGUGUUGAAAGAUAUAGGAAAGUGCAUUUCAACGAAAACUAUACGAUUACGUGUUCACCGUGGAAGCUUUUCACAAUUUCAAGAUUCUGGUGAAACCUCAAAACCUAAGCGUGCGGUUGCAUUCGCUGUUGAACCAACCGGGGAGAAGCGAUUAUUGAAUCUGCAACUAAAUGGAAGUGUCAAACGAAUUGAAAUCGCAGACUUACCUGAAUCUGUACAAACCGUGCUAGCUGAGCGAACCCUUUACCUCACUGACUUUCUCCGUGAAGAAUCUUCAAGCAAAUCAUCCAAUGAACUGAGUGACAACUCCAUUAUAAGCUUAAGCAACAAUUCUAUUACCAGUUCACCAAAAAAUCAAAAGAAAAUGGCUAUGGCGGAAAUGCCACGUUCACAUAACCGUUACCGGUUAAAUGGGGGCCCUGGAACGGUUUUACCACCAGAUGAGACAACUCACGAAAUGGCUGUAGACUGUCCAGCUGCCUAUGUAGCAGCUAAUCCACCACGAAGUGGAAUUUCGACGCCACGCGGCAAUUUUGAUGUACCUCCUCCUACACCAUUAGACAGUACAGCUGUUUCAUCACAAAAGAACAAAACCACAAAAGACUUAGAGGCUGCCGCUGCUGCAGCCGAGACUUUACCUCAACCUGACAUGAACUUCCAACGAAUUCAUCGGAUGCGAGAAUCCGUGAAAAGACAAAAGGAGCAAAAACUACGAGACAUGGAAGUUCGACAUCAGAUGAAACAAGAGGAAGGAGCAAAGAAACUUGAAAGGUUAAAACAUAUGACACCUGAACAAGAAGUGAAAUCUCGUAAACAAGGAUUUGAAAACUAUGGUUUUGAGAGGGACAGCUACAUUCAUACGAAUGAUGAAGAAAAGCAGCCUAUGGGUAUUGAGUCAAUGUUUGUUGCUUUAAAAAAUGUGGGAACGAAGAUAAACGAUCCAAGUUUAUCAGACGAUCUUUCGUUUCUUCGUCAUGUGGUUCAAGAUGAUGAUUUUCAGGACUCUCUUGAGCUGUACAAUGUGAUAACUGACUCCACUAAACCAAAGACAUCCGCUCCAAUUAUUCCAGUGUCUAAAGAUAUGCAAACAAUUUCAUCUGAUGUAAGAGAAGAACUUAUGUUUUCUCAACUCCCACAAGCAGAGCAGUUGACUAAAAUCUUGUCAGAUGUCAACAUAAAUGGAGUAAUGCUUGCCCAUGAUGAGGCAGCUGAAUAUCUCUACACCCCUGAACCUGUGGUUGAUGUUAAUGUUAAUACAGUGGAAGAUGAGGAAAUAUUGCAACGAGUUUCGCAAUACACAGAUAAAGCUGUGCGAGUUGUGAGGAUAGAUAAGUCAAAUGAUGCAUUGGGAGCAACCGUCCGUAGCGAGGAUGAUGGUUCAGUCACCAUCAGUCGUAUCAUCAGUGGUGGGGUGGCUGAUAAAACAGGUUUGCUUCAUGAGGGAGAUGAGUUGAUUGAAGUAAAUGGGAAGUCCAUGCGAGGACUCGAUGUCAACGAGGUUGGAGAUGUAAUAGCUGGUAUGAAUGGAACACUUGUGUUCGUUCUCGCAUCCAAUAAAUCAAAUGGAGUCGUUAAAACAGAUGAUCUCAGCACAGUCGUGAAACAUGUGCGAGCAUUAUUCGAUUACGAUGCAUUCGACGACCCCUACCUUCCUUGUCGAGAGUUAGGACUCUCGUUCCAGAAAGGUGACGUGCUACGUGUGAUGUCUAUGGAAGAUGAUUGGUGGCAAGCUUACAGAGACGAUGAUGACACGCAUCUAUCGUUGGCUGGUUUGAUUCCUUCACAACAGUUCCAACAGCAGCGAGAAACUCUUCGUAUGUCCCUGAUAAAAGAGAGCAAAGCCCCUGAAAGCAAGAAAAGCUAUUUAUGUGGAAGAAAGAAGAAGAAAGCAAAGAAUGAAUCAACUUCUCAGGAGGAUGAAGACGAUGAACCAAUUCAAACAUACGAAGAGAUGGCACUCUACCAUCAACCUGAGACUAAAAAACGUCCGAUCGUUUUGAUUGGUCCACCUAACGUGGGGAGGCAUGAACUCAGGCAGCGAUUGGUCGAUAAUGAUAGAGACCGAUUCGGUUCAGCAAUUCCACACACUUCCCGCCAUCCAAAUGAAGGAGAAAGAGGCGGAGUGGAUUACCACUUUGUUUCAAUAAGUGAAUUUGAAGCAAUGGUCACUGCCCAAAAAUUCCUGGAGCACGGAGCUUACCAGAAGAAUUUAUACGGCACUACCAUUAAAGCUGUGCAGAAGAUUAUUGACAUAGAAAAGAUUUGUGUUUUGAACCUGCAUGCUGAGUCAUUAAGAGCCUUGAGUACAUCUGGUUUGAAGCCUUAUAUUGUCUUCAUUGCACCACCACCACUGGAAAAAUUAAGACAGAAUAUGUCAAAGGAAGGAAAACAAAUUAAGGAAGAUGAAUUGCGUCGAAUUAUUGAGAAUGCACGAGACAUUGAGCGUAGAUAUGCUCACUACUUUGAUGAGACCAUCAGAAAUACAGACCUCAACAGAUCUUAUGCUGAACUUCUAAGACUAAUCAAUAAACUAGAUUCUGAGCCACAGUGGGUGCCUGCUAGUUGGCUGGAUUAGUUUUACCAAGCAAAAGCCAAUGUCAAAGUUUACUAAGGGGUGAACACGACCAAUGCAGUAUAUGUUCCACAGAAACUAAUGCAGUAGAAACUUAAUGAUAAUAAACACUGGCCAAAACAAGUCAAAAGGUUAAAGUUUUGUCCUUAAAAAUAAAUUCUGUAGAUUUGACAGCCACUACAUUAUUGCUGUGUUUAUAUUACUAAUUGUAAUUAAAAUGAAAACAAGAACCCAUGCAAGGUUCUUCUUUAUAUGGCCGUCCGAAAAUGUAUUUAACUUUUGCUAUUUAUUUUUGGUUCACUUGUGUUAUAUUGCAUUCUCUAUCAUAUGACAACUUAAAAGUUAAACUUAAAAGUAGGUGCUUUUAUAACAGAUGUUUUUCUGCUCUGUUUUGUGUUUUAAUAUAAACAGCAAUUGAUUGAAUCAUGUGUUGGAGAUAUGGUUUUGAUCAAGACCAAAUCAUCGUUUCAUAUUUUGCCAACACAGUAUUGAUAUUUUUCUAUUUGCCUUAUCUUUUUAUCGUGAUAUGCAUGCUGUAAAUAUUUUUAUGGUUAAGGUCCUCAAUCGCUAUGGUGCCACGUUUAUGGUACAUUAGAUACUCAAUCACGCAUUCUGUUUAUUACAAUGUACAUAAGUGUUGCAUAUUCAUUCAUAUUUUUCAUUGUUUUAAAAGUGAAUUCACGAUUAACAAAUAUUAGACUUUUUUACUACUUCGUUAUAUACUAAUAUCGUGGACAUUGUAAUAAUAAAACAACCGCCAGAAUA